AUGGGUUCGACUAAUGUGGAAAUAGAGCAAAAGGUCAUCGCGGACACUCCGAUUACCAACGACGAGGAAAAUGCGAACUCUUCUGGGAUCAGUUCUCCUGCUGAAAAGGAACUUGAGGAGCAAACAUUCGACACGGGUUUCUCCGCAUGGAUGCAGGUCUUGGGCUCAUUCUUCCUCUUCUUCAACUCAUGGGGCGUGAUCAACACUUGGGGUGCAUACCAAACCUACUACGAGCAAAAUCUGCUAGCCAGCACUUCGUCAUCCACCAUCGCAUGGAUUGGAUCUCUGCAGUCGUUUCUUCUGAUGAUGAUCGGUGUCAUUACGGGUCCUCUUUUCGAUGCAGGCUAUUUUCGCGGGCUGAUCUGCUUCGCCAAUUUCAUGUUGCCCUUCGGCCUGAUGAUGACCAGCAUUUCGACCAAGUACUGGCACCUGAUUCUUGCGCAAGGUAUCUGCGUGGGCCUGGCGGCUGGAUGUCUCUUCGUCCCCUCAGUUGCCCUUCUGCCGCAGUACUUCCGUCGGAAGAGAGGUCUCGCUAACGGUCUCGCUGCCAGCGGUAGCAGCAUUGGUGGUGUGGUCUAUCCCAUCAUGUUCAACCAGCUGCAGAAGAAGGUUGGUUUUCCCUGGGCUACUCGUGCACUUGGAUUCCUCUGCUUCGGAACUAUCCUUAUUUCGUUGAGUAUCAUGCGUAUCCGGUUUGCGCCAAAGGAGAAGCGCAAGCUUUACCAGUUCUCUGCCUUCAAGGACCCCGCAUACUGCCUUUUUACUGCAGCUAUGUUCCUGGGCUUCCUGGGCUUCUACAACUUCCUCUUCUACGUACAGUCCUACGCUAUCGAUACGGGGGUUGUGGAUCAUAACCUGGGCUUCUACCUGGUGUCCAUGCUGAAUGCAGCCUCAACCUUCGGCCGUAUUGGGCCGAACUUCCUCGCCGACCAUCUCGGCCCGCUCAAUAUGCUCACUCCCGCUGUGACCAUCACCUCCAUUUUAGCCUUUGCAUGGAUUGGGGUUCACACAGUUGCCGGUCUCAUUAUUCUCGCUGUUCUAUACGGCUUCUUCUCCGGCGGCUUCGUUUCCCUGCCUCCAGUGGUGAUGGCUAGUAUGACGCCCGAUGUCCGGGACCUCGGAACUCGCCUUGGCAUGGUCUUUGCUGCUACCUCCCUCGGUGUCUUGAUUGGUACUCCAAUUGGUGGUGCGAUCUUGGCCGACACGAACAGGUAUCUUGGUGUCCAAUUGUUCACCGCUUGCUGCCUGAUAGCAUCUGCGUGUCUCAUGGCUACGUUGAGAUUUGUGCGAUCCGGCCCCAGACUUAUGUACAAGGCCUGA